AUGACGGCCAAUGACUCUGCCCAAGUCGCUUCAGCGGUGCCUUCAACCGACAAUGGUGAGGCCGUGAAACUCGAGACUGCUCCCUCCUCGAUCUCCGAGCAAGACCAGACAUAUCCAACCUCCGCCGCGGACGGUCUUAUCCAGAAGCCAUUCCCUAGGCCGCUGGAGGACGCAAAGCCCGAGAAGCCCGCCGAACUCAAGGCGGACCAACAAUCCAAAUACGAGUCUGUCCUUAAGACCGUAUCUUCAUGGACAGCUCUCCCCACCACGUCCGAGCGAAAUGCCCCCACGGCCCCUAUUACUGACGAUGAGCGCAUGUGGUUAACUCGCGAGUGUCUUCUCCGCUACCUCCGCGCAUCAAAGUGGAAUGUUGCCCAGGCCGAACAGCGGCUCCAGGCCACCCUUACCUGGCGCCGAGAAUACGGCAUGGAGAAGUUGACACCCGAUUACAUCUCGAUCGAGAACGAGACUGGAAAACAAGUUAUCUUGGGCUUCGACAUCCACGGCCGGCCAUGUCUGUACCUGAUUCCUUCAAACCAAAACACUGAGAAGAGCGAGCGCCAGAUUCAGCACCUCGUUUUCAUGCUUGAGCGGGUCAUUGACCUGAUGGGCCCCGAUCAGGAGACGCUGGCGCUGCUCGUCGACUUUAGCUCGACCAAGUCGGGCCAGAGCGCGUCCAUUGGACAGGCAAAGGAGACGUUGAACAUUUUGCAAAACCAUUACCCGGAGCGGUUGGGACGUGCUCUUGUGCUCAAUGUGCCUUGGAUCAUCUCAGGCUUCUUCAAGUUGAUCACACCGUUCAUCGACCCCCAGACUCGUCAGAAGUUGAAGUUCAACGAGGACCUGUGCCAACAUGUUCCGCCCAGCCAACUCAUGAAGUCUGUGGGUGGUGACGUUGAGUUCCGCUACGACCACUCCAUCUACUGGCCCGCUCUGAACAAAUUGGCCGAACAGCGUCGUGAGCUGAUUCGCGAGCGUUGGAUCCAAGGUGGCAAGCAGAUCGGCGAGUUCGAGAACUACCUCAAGGGAGAGGACAUCCCAAGCGUGUCUCAAAGCCAGGGAUCCGCAAGCGAACAGGCGUAA